CUCUCUCGUCAAUCGUCAAUUGUCAUAGCUUCUCUUCUGUCUUAAACAAUGGCGUCUCUCUCUCACCUCAACAAGCUCCUCUGCUUCCCCACCCUCAACUCCACACCCUCUCUUUCGCCACCGCGCGCCGCCCUCCCAUUUCUUAUGAAGCCGCUCGCAAGGCCGCUCAUGCUUCGCACCUCGGCCAGGGCGACGCUCCGUGUCCGAUCGUUUUCCGGCGAAGAGUUGCUACCGGCGGAGGAGACGGAGAUUCUGAAGAAGGCUUUGGUGGAUUCGUUCUACGGAACCGAUCGUGGACUGAAAGCAAAGAGCGAAACGAGAGCGGAGAUCGUCGAACUCAUCACUGAACUCGAGGCCAAGAACCCCACCGCUGCUCCCACCGACGCCCUCACUCUCCUCAACGGAAAGUGGAUUCUCGCGUAUACAUCCUUUACAGGAUUGUUCCCGUUGUUGUCAUGGGGAACGCUACCACUGGUCAAGGUAGCCGAAAUAUCUCAGUCUAUUGACUCGGAGAAUUUUACUGUCCAAAACUCUGUUCUCUUCGCUGGUCCUUUGGCCACCACCUCCAUUAGUGCUAAUGCCAAAUUCGAAGUCAGAAGUCCACGACGUGUGCAGAUCAAGUUUGAGGAAGGCGUCAUUGGCACUCCACAGUUGACAGACUCGUUAGAGAUACCAGAAGAUGUGGAAUUUCUGGGUCAGAAGAUUGACCUUACACCUUUCAAAGGCAUCAUUACGUCUGUGCAAGACACAGCCUCAUCGGUCGCCAAAACAAUUUCAAGCCAGCCUCCGUGGAAGAUCCCAAUUUACAGCAGCAAUGCUCAAUCGUGGUUACUCACUACAUAUCUUGACGAGGAACUGCGCAUCUCAAGGGGUGAUGGUGGCAACGUGUUUGUUCUCGUCAAAGAAGGAAGCUCUCUUCUGACAAGUUAAACACAACAAAGUAGUAUAUUUUGGGCUCAAUAUAUAGUUUAUGUUUAUCAAAUAAGCAAAGGGUCUUGAUUAAAUACAGUGAUUCUGAAGAAGCAUGUGUAGAACAGUGUUAAUGCCCUGAUGCGGAUUGUUUUGUUAAUGUGUGAUAUAUUUAUUAUAAGCAGAAGCGAAUGACAUCAAUCAUGCAGCCUCUGCUUUUUAUUUUGUUAACGUGUGAUAUAUUUAUGAUGC